GGGGGUGAGGGCGUGAAGAGGGUGAGGGGGUGAAGAGGGUGAGAGAGGGUGAAGUCCAUCUCACUUUGAGGACUUGAUCGGAUCCAAGAGUUCUCUCCAUCGGGAUUUUCGAAGUCAAAGGCAUAGAAAGAAGUCGGGGAGCGAUGUCCGCCGUGUGCGCGCUGCUGGUGGGCUCGGGGCUGCUGACCCUGGUCCUGGUCCUGGUCCGGGUCCUGGUCCGGGUCUGGUCGCCGUACCUGUGGCAGGACCUGCGGUUCGCGGGGACGAUGCUGACGGUGGGGUUCCUGUGCGCGGUGAACCAGAAGAAGCCGCGACCCGACACCCUCCUGGACCUGUUCCUGACCCGGGUCAGCCGGUGCCCCCACAAGGCGUUCCUGGUGUUCGAGGACACGGUCCACACCUACCGGGACGUGGACCGGCGGAGCAACCGGAUAGCCCGGGCGCUGCGGGGCCAAGCCGGGCUGAGGGCGGGGGACAGCGCGGCGAUGCUGAUGGGGAACGAGCCCGACUUCGUGUGCGUGUGGCUGGCCCUGGCCAAGCUCGGCUGUGCCGCCGCCUUCCUCAACCACAACAUCAGGUCCCGGUCCCUCCUGCACUGCCUCCAGGCCGUCCGGACCCGAGUGCUCAUAGCGGCCGCAGAUCUGAGGAGUUCUGUCGAGGAGGUGCUGCCAGAUCUUAAAGAGAAAGAUAUGGCUGUCUUUAUCCUGGAUGAUAAAUACACCACUGAUGGGAUUGAGAGCCUCAAUGAAAAGAUUGAUCAAGCGUCUGACUGUCCAUUACCCGUGUCGCUGAGGUCAAGCAUCACCUUGGAGGAUAAUUUUAUAUACAUCUACACAUCAGGAACAACAGGUUUGCCCAAAGCUGCCAUCAUCAAGCACAGUCGUGCUCUCCGUGGCUGCACCAUUCUCAGACUGUUGAACAUCUCUGCCGAUGAUGUGGUGUACCUCACCCUCCCUCUGUACCACAGCAGCGGCUCCCUGAUUGGCAUCUGUGGCGCCAUUCAGAUAGGUGCAACCAUUGUCUUGCGUCGCAAAUUCUCUUCCAGCCAGUUCUGGGACGAUUGUCGGAAGUAUAAUGUUACAGUCAUCCAGUACAUUGGGGAGGUAAUCCGUUACCUGUGUAACGUUCCCAAGAAGGACAAUGAUCGUGAUCACAAGGUGAGGACUGCGAUAGGGAAUGGGUUGCGGGCUGAUGUCUGGAGGGAGUUUUUGGAUCGGUUCGGAGAUAUCCGGGUUUGUGAGUUUUACGGAGCCACCGAGGGGAACACUGGCUUCAUGAACUAUGUGGGUAAAAUCGGAUCUUCGGGUCGUACCAACUUCAUUAUGAAGAAAAUCAUGCCAUUCAACCUGGUUAAAUAUGAUAUCGAAAAGGACGAGCCAGUUCGCGAUGCCAAUGGUCAUUGCAUAGAAGUAGCUACAGGGGAGACGGGUCUCCUCAUCUCAAAAAUCACCCACAUCAAUCCAUUUACCGGCUACGCGGGGAGCAAGAACCUGACGGAGAAGAAACAGCUGAGAGACGUGUUCCGCAAGGGGGAUAUUUACUUCAACUCCGGAGACCUCCUGUCCCUGGACAGUGACAAUUUCAUCUACUUCCAGGACCGCGUUGGGGACACAUUCAGGUGGAAAGGAGAGAACGUGGCCACCACAGAGGUGGCUGACAUCCUGGCCAUGGUGGACUUUAUUCAGGAAGUUUGUGUGUACGGAGUGGCAGUUCCAGACCAUGAAGGCCGAAUUGGAAUGGCAGUUAUUAAGCUGAAGGACAGCAGGGAGCUGGAUGGAGAGAUGCUGUACAAUCACGUGGUGAAUCACUUACCAAACUACGCCCGGCCACGCUUCCUGCGACUGCAGAAUAGCAUAGAGAUCACAGGGACGUAUAAACAACGUAAGGUCACACUGGUGGAGGAAGGCAUCAAUCCAGCGACUAUCCGAGAUCCACUCUUCUACCUCAGUGACACCAAAAAGACCUACAUCUCCAUGAACCAAGCGACCUAUGACUCUAUUGUCUCCAAACAGGUCAAACUAUGAGACAGGAUUAUUUAUCCCCAUCAUCAGCCUUCUGUGACUGCGCUAAGCAAUCAAUACUGGUCAUUCUGGAGGUGGAAUAGGUGCAAAGAAGGAUUAAAACCAUAAAACCCUCAACAAUUGGAAGAUUCUCUGAAGUGGCCAAUUCGGUCCACCCGAUGUAAUGAAUAUAUAGUUGUUCACAGCAUUGUUACGAUCAUGUAGAUCUGACGAAUGAAUUCAAUGACUAUAAUACGGAAAUUAGCUAUUCUAAUUGUUUUCUUUUCAAUCAAACUCUUUCGAAACACUUUUUUUAAAUUUCAAUAAAUUAUCGAUUUUACAACA